CUCAUAAACAACAUCUGAUUUCAAUAUUCAUUAUUAUUUCAUUCUCUCAAAUUCUUAUUUGCAUAACCUAGCUUCGAAGAAGAUCUAUAAUGGCCGGAAAGGGAGAAGGUCCAGCAAUCGGGAUAGAUCUCGGAACGACCUAUUCUUGUGUCGGAGUAUGGCAGCACGACCGUGUCGAGAUCAUCGCCAACGAUCAGGGCAACAGGACCACGCCUUCCUAUGUCGCCUUCACCGACACAGAGCGUUUGAUCGGAGAUGCAGCCAAGAAUCAGGUUGCGAUGAACCCCAUCAAUACUGUUUUCGAUGCCAAGCGAUUGAUUGGUAGGCGAUUGAGUGAUGCAUCAGUACAGAGCGAUAUUAAGCACUGGCCAUUCAAGGUCGUUGCUGGCCCAGCUGACAAACCCAUGAUUGUAGUCAACUACAAGGGAGAGGAUAAACAAUUCUCUGCCGAAGAGAUCUCAUCCAUGGUCCUCAUCAAGAUGAAGGAGAUUGCUGAGGCUUACUUGGGUACCACAAUAAAGAAUGCUGUUGUAACCGUCCCUGCUUAUUUCAAUGAUUCCCAAAGGCAGGCCACUAAGGAUGCCGGAGUUAUUUCUGGUUUGAAUGUCAUGCGUAUCAUCAACGAACCCACUGCUGCAGCCAUUGCUUAUGGUUUGGACAAGAAGGCAACCAGCGUCGGUGAAAAAAAUGUUCUUAUCUUUGAUCUCGGUGGUGGUACCUUUGAUGUGUCUCUCUUGACAAUCGAAGAAGGUAUCUUUGAAGUGAAGGCUACUGCCGGAGACACCCAUUUGGGUGGUGAAGAUUUUGACAACAGAAUGGUCAACCACUUUGUACAAGAGUUCAAGAGGAAGAACAAGAAGGACAUCAGUGGAAACCCCAGGUCUCUCAGGAGACUCAGGACAGCUUGUGAGAGGGCGAAGAGGACUCUCUCUUCGACCGCUCAGACAACAAUUGAGAUUGAUUCAUUGUUUGAGGGUAUUGAUUUCUAUUCGACCAUCACCCGUGCAAGAUUUGAGGAAUUGAACAUGGAUUUAUUCAGAAAGUGUAUGGAGCCUGUUGAGAAGUGUUUGAGGGAUGCUAAGAUGGACAAGAGCACCAUCCACGAUGUUGUUCUUGUCGGUGGGUCCACCAGAAUUCCAAAGGUCCAGCAGCUCCUUCAAGAUUUCUUCAACGGAAAGGAGCUUUGCAAGAGCAUCAACCCUGAUGAGGCUGUUGCUUAUGGUGCAGCUGUUCAAGCUGCCAUCUUGAGUGGCGAGGGCAAUGAGAAGGUCCAAGAUCUUCUACUAUUGGACGUUACCCCUCUCUCAUUGGGUCUCGAGACAGCUGGAGGUGUCAUGACAGUUUUGAUCCCGAGAAACACAACUAUUCCCACCAAGAAGGAACAAGUCUUCUCUACGUACUCCGACAACCAGCCGGGUGUCCUUAUCCAAGUCUACGAGGGUGAGAGGACAAGAACGAGGGACAACAACCUUCUCGGAAAGUUUGAACUCUCUGGCAUUCCUCCAGCUCCAAGGGGUGUUCCUCAGAUUACUGUAUGCUUUGAUAUUGAUGCUAAUGGUAUCCUUAAUGUCUCUGCUGAGGACAAGACCACUGGACAGAAGAACAAGAUCACAAUCACUAAUGACAAAGGAAGGUUGUCAAAGGAGGAUAUUGAGAAGAUGGUCCAAGAGGCUGAGAAGUACAAGUCCGAGGAUGAAGAGCACAAGAAGAAGGUGGAAUCAAAGAAUGCUUUGGAGAACUACGCUUACAACAUGAGGAACACUAUCAAGGAUGAGAAGAUUAGCUCUAAGCUGGCGGAGGCUGAUAAGAAGAAGAUUGAGGAAGCUAUUGAUGGGGCGAUCGAAUGGCUGGAGAACAACCAGCUUGCUGAGGCUGAUGAGUUUGACGAUAAGGUGAAGGAGCUUGAGGGAAUAUGUAACCCGGUCAUUGCUAAGAUGUACCAAGGUGCUGGUGGCCCUGAUAUGGGUGGUGGCAUGGAUGAUGAUGCACCACCUUCCUCAGGCGGCCCAGGACCCAAGAUUGAGGAAGUCGACUAAGUGUUUUUCUGAACUUGGUGAGGGUGGAAGAUGAUGAGUUUCUGUUUUGUCUGCAGGUUCUAAUGGUUAGUUAGAUUGGGAUAAUUUACUCUUUUAAAUGUCUUCUCUUUUUUCUGGCUUUUCAUGGAUUUACUCUGUUAUUUUUGGUUACUAGAAAUUUGAUUAUGUUGAACAAUUUGAACGACAAAUGUCUUUAUGGUUUUGCAACAUUUGUUUUA